AUGAUCGUGCUGGGCCGCGUCUCAGGCGCUCGCUGAAGGCGCUGCUCGCCCGGCCAUGGCUCUAAGGGAGCUGAAAGUUUGCCUUCUGGGGGACACUGGUGUGGGCAAAUCAAGUAUUGUGUGGAGAUUUGUCGAAGACAGCUUUGAUCCCAACAUCAACCCAACAAUAGGAGCCUCAUUUAUGACCAAGACUGUACAGUAUCAAAAUGAGCUGCAUAAAUUCCUGAUUUGGGAUACAGCUGGACAGGAGCGGUUUCGUGCUUUAGCCCCGAUGUAUUACCGAGGGUCAGCAGCAGCCAUUAUAGUGUAUGACAUCACAAAAGAGGAAACUUUCUCAACGCUAAAGAACUGGGUUAAAGAGCUCCGCCAGCAUGGACCUCCCAACAUUGUUGUAGCUAUUGCAGGAAAUAAGUGUGAUCUUAAUGAUGUCAGAGAAGUCAUGGAAAAAGAUGCUAAAGACUAUGCAGAUUCCAUUCAUGCAAUAUUUGUAGAGACAAGUGCAAAAAAUGCAAUAAACAUUAAUGAACUCUUUAUAGAAAUUAGUCGCAGAAUUCCAUCCACUGACACCAACCCCGCGGCCAGUGGGAAGGGCUUCAAACUUCGACGACAGCCAUCGGUGACAAAGCGCAGCUGCUGUUGACUGACCCCUUAGAAAAUCAAACUUGUUUAUACAGUAGGUGGUCUUGGAAGUUAAUAGUUCACAUUGGGUUUAUAUUAUCAGUCUUAGAUCUUUAUCUGCUGGUGUUCACACACUCGAGGUCCCCCAAAAAGGGACCGGCUCAUCUGACACCUGCACGUGCAGAAAAGACUGCAGUCGUCAGGGCAGCCUGCUGGCUCCCACAGCGUGCAGCUCUCUUGCAUUCAAAGGGAAUCCAUCAUCACUUUUUUGGCCUUGCUUGAUUGGAAGGUGACUACGUGGAUGGUAGAACUGAAAUGUUUUCAUAGUUUUGUAAUCAAGGUUUUGGGAGGUUUUUCUGUAAAAAGGGAAAUGAGCACUUUUGGGGGAGAUUGGUUAGGAGGAGUCUGGAAGUUAGAUGUCGUUUUUUCCUUUUCUUCAGUGAGCCUUAUUUUCAAUUUUGGUGUAGCUAAUCCAAAGUAUGAUGGGAUCGUUGAUGUGAGAUGGCUACAGAAUAAGGACCUGAAGACAAAUAGUAGGCAAAUCAGUCCAUCCAGUCCCCAAAUCCCAUUUGCACUUUUUAUUUAAGAAUGAUCUGCACUGGGGGAGGGGACACAAGCAACAGAUCUUAAACCACAGACAAUCUUCUUUUUCAUGC